CCGCUUUGGCGCAAGAAGCCACGCUGUCUCGAGUUUGGUUCGGGUGCAGGUUUUCCUUUUGCAGUCGAGGAGACCAUGGACAUCGCGUCGUUCCCCAUGGUGAGGCAAGACGGCACACCUGCCUACGCAAGUGAUCUCAAGGGCAAGACAGUUGCUUUCUACUUCUCUGCGCACUGGUGCCCGCCUUGCCGUGGCUUCACGCCUGUGCUCCGCAAGUUCUACGAGACCCUGAAAGCCAGGGGCGAAAACAUCGAGAUCGUCUUCUUCUCCAGCGACAAGGACCCCGCGUCUUUUACCGAAUACUUCAAGAACGACCACGGCCCGUGGCUCGCCGUGGCCUUCGGCUCCCCCGAGAUCCAGCAGGUCGCGAAGCACUACCAGGUCCGCGGCAUACCGCACCUCGUGGUCGUGAACGCCAAGGGCGAGUGCGUGGUGACCGGGGACGAGGCCAGGGGCCACGUGGGCAACGCCAAGUCCGAGGCGGACGUGCUGGAGGCCUUCCGGCACUGGAAGAACGCCGCGGGGGACUGGCGCGAGAGCGCCGGGACGGCCCUCGGGGCGGCGCCCCAGCCCGCCAGCGCGCCGGCGCCGGCGCCCCCCGCCGACGGCCCAGGCGCAGCGCCUGCCUGA